AUGCUUCCUAGCCUUCGCUGGUGGACGAAGUCCCGGGUACUAGCGGCACCCGUUCGUCUUUUCAGCCAAUCCCCCAUUGUCCCUGCCAAACCCCUCCCUCCGCGUCUCAAAAUCAACGAUGCCGACAUAUCAAUAUCCUACCUAAAAGGCACCGGGCCUGGCGGACAGAAGAUUAACAAAACCAACUCGGCCGUUCAAAUUAUCCACAAGCCAAGCGGGGUGGUAGUAAAAUGUCAAGCGACGCGCUCCCAAUCGCAGAAUGCGAAGAUCGCGCGCUCGCUGUUGGCGGAUAGAGUUGAAGCGCAGGCAAAGGGGGAUCAAAGCCGGGUUGCAAUCAAAGCCGCGGCGGCGCGCAAGAAGAAGGCUAGUAAGUUGAAGAAGACGAGGAGGAAGUAUCGGGAGCUUGCAGAGGGGGCAAAGGAGGGACAAGUUGAAGAAGAGGAGGAUGAGAUUGAAAUUAUCUGGGACGAAGAUGUAAAACCGGAUGAAACCCUGGAAGCUAAAUCAGAGGUUGCGGAUGAGUCUACAUCUUCUGAACAGAGUGGAAAGAGUGUAUGA